AUGUUCGAAGGAUCUUUGGCCGAAUCUUUUAGUUCUAAUCCAAAUUUCGACUUCGAAGCAAUAAAUAGGAAUUUAUUUGAUGACUUCAGUGAAACAGAUUGUACCAUGAUAUCGAAAUCGGAGCAAAUGCCUGUUUUUCUUCGCAUUAGGCCACUGAACUACAACGAGUCGACAAAGAAAGUUCUUAUUACUAUUGAUUUCAAAAGAGUUGUUCUGAAACCUGCUAAUGAAAAUAAAGGCCUUCGAGCUGCGCCAGUUGCUUUUGGACAGGCUUCUCAUAAAUUUGAGUUCUCACGAGUUUUCGACGAGUUUGCUACUCAAAGCGACGUUUUUAAAGUUGUCUUGUUAGAUCGCGUGAGCGAAUUUCUGGAGGGAAUGAAUGUACUGAUUUUCGCGUAUGGAACUUCAAACAAUGCUGGUAUGGUUCCUAGAGCACUGGAGUCUAUUUUUCGGAGUGCGACUCUCUUGAAACAGCCAGACGGGGCACAAGAUGUUAAUUCCGGAUUUCCCUUUGCUCCGUAUGGAUUUAAUGAAAUUGAGGAGCUGAGUGUCCAAGAAUCUGAAAAACGCCGCAAGGAGAAGGCUGGCCAUUUUACACUUUGUUCUUGCAAUUGUCGCUGUGAUUCUCAAUCUUCAAUUGGGGUCGAAGGUUCAGGGCUCUUGUCAGGUGACACCUUCAUGGAUGUUCCUCUGGCUUUCAAAGAGAGUGCGGCUUUUGUAUUGUGGGUCAGUUUUGUAGAGAUCUAUAAUGAGGUAGUGUAUGACCUUCUGGAUCCGGAAUUUGUGGCUGCAACUUUAAAAUCCUCAAACCGACCAUUCAAGCCGAGAAAAAAUGCAUUGGAUUUAAGGGCGGACAAAAAGGGGCAUGUUUUUGUUAACAGUACUUCUCACUUUACAUAA